AUGAUUUGGUUAUCGGAAAGACAAAAAUUUGGUGUUGGUUUCACCGCAGGUGGAUUCUUCUUUUUUAUCUUUGGAAUCAUUACAUUUUUUGAUUCUGGAUUGCUUGCAUUGGGAAACAUAUUGUUUAUUAUAGGUCUCAUAUUGAUAAUUGGGCCCCAGAGAACUGUAACGUUCUUUUCUAGACCGACAAAAAUAAGAGGAACUAUUUGCUUCGGGCUUGGAAUAAUAUUGAUUUUGAUGAAAAGAUCCUUCAUUGGCUUUGUUUUAGAGAGUUUUGGCAUACUAGGGUUGUUUGGAGACUUCUUUGGAACGAUUGUACAGUUCUUAAGGUCAAUUCCGUACAUAGGCGAUGUUUUAAGUCAUCCAAUUAUUGCGCCAACCAUUGACAGAUUGGCUGGGGUGAACACUCUUCCAGUUUAA